CGAGCACGGGCUACAGCAGAAGAGGAACGGAUGCUUGACUGCCUGAAGAAUGAAGGAGAAGAUACAUACCAGAACCUAGGAUUACCUCCAGUUGAGUCAUAUUUCAGAUGGUGUGUUGACAAUGAUCUGCUCAAAAAGCAUAAGCUCAUCUCUCCUGAAGACUACAUCACCGAUGUGCUUCCUAGUAGUAAGGCUCCUAAAGGGUUCUCAGAUCCCUCAUUUUACAAAGAGACAUUCUGUUUCCAUCAGCACAUGUCCAGAAGCCCUGUAGAUGAUGGUUACUGUGACUCAUCAGCUCCUGACAUAGAAGUUAGGGGUCUUCUUAAAGCCUCUUCCUCUAGCUUGACUUUAUCAUCUACCUGUGAUGCUGAAGAGCAAAGUCAUAAGAAGUCAAGUAAGAAAACUACACCAUCAAAAAAGUGGUUGCAGAAGUCAGAGAUGAAUGCUGAGGACAGAGAAGCCCAACGUGCU